UUGUCAUUUUCUCUCUCCUUGGUUCCCCUGGCUUUGCUGUAUAAUGUCUUUGGCGUUGUAUUGCUCUGCAUCUGUCGCUUAAAGCGUGUCGAGACUGCCUGAAGAGCUCUUUGAGAAGAACGGCUCGAAGGAACCGCUUCAAGCAGAAAUAGCGCCAAAUCUAGACGUGACGUCGGAGGCGGCUGGCGCUCUUCGUGGCGGAAGUGUUCUUCUUCGCUGGUUCUCUUCUGUCACUCAGUGGAGCCGUGACCAACUCCGGUGCGCGACCCGUUUACUAAAAGGCUGCCAGCUCAAAGUACAAACCACAGAUAGGAUUAAAAGGUCAAGGGCUUUUGGAACUAUCUAUUCUUCCCCAGCAAAUUGAAACACCUUUUCCGUUUGAGCUAAAGAAGGAGGAGACACUUCUCUUUUCUGUUGUGGCACUGGGGACAUCCAGGAACUUGUGAGUGUGGGUGGCGCUCGAUCAAAAGACUGCGAUGCACCGCUUAAGGACUUGUGCAGCAUGGCUCAGGCCGAUCACGGCCUCACAGACUGCUAAAAAUUUAUCACAGCAGAGGCCAGCGGCCACCCCUAGGACGUUUCAGCCAUUCAGGUGCUACACGGCACCGGUGGCCGCAGAGCCAUUUCUGAACGGAACAAGCUCUAACUAUGUCGAGGAGAUGUACUAUGCAUGGUUGGAGAAUCCCAAGAGUGUGCACAAGUCUUGGGACAUUUUCUUCAGGAAUGCUAAUGCUGGUGCCCCCCCAGGUACAGCCUACCAGAGUCCUCCUCCAAUGGGAGUGAGUCUGGCCGGGCUCGCUCAGGCCCAGUCUCUGGUGGGGGCCCAGCCGAAUGUGGAGAAACUGGUGGAAGACCAUCUGGCAGUCCAGUCCCUCAUCAGGGCCUAUCAGAUACGUGGUCACCAUGUGGCUCAACUGGACCCUCUGGGGAUUAUGGAUGCUGAUCUGGAUUCAUGCGUUCCCACUGACAUUAUUACAUCAUCGGAUAAACUCGGUUUCUAUGGGCUGGAAGAGUCUGAUCUGGAUAAAGUGUUCCGCUUGCCCACCACCACCUUUAUCGGGGGCAAUGAGAGCGCUCUGCCCCUCAGGGAGAUCAUCCGCCGCUUAGAGAUGGCGUAUUGCCAGCAUAUAGGGGUUGAGUUCAUGUUCAUCAAUGACCUGGACCAGUGUCAGUGGAUCAGACAGAAGUUUGAGAAGCCUGGAGUCAUGCAGUUCAGCCUGGAGGAGAAGAGAACACUGCUGGCUCGCAUGGUCCGCUCCACCAGGUUUGAGGAGUUCCUGCAGAGGAAAUGGUCAUCUGAGAAGCGCUUUGGGCUGGAGGGAUGUGAGAGUCUGAUCCCAGCACUCAAAACCAUCAUUGACAAGUCCAGUGAUAAGGGAGUAGACACGGUCAUCAUGGGAAUGCCUCACAGAGGGCGUCUGAACGUGCUUGCCAAUGUGAUCCGUAAGGAACUGGAGCAAAUUUUCUGUCAGUUUGACUCUAAACUGGAAGCUACUGAUGAGGGUUCAGGAGAUGUCAAGUACCACUUGGGCAUGUACCACAGGAGGAUAAAUCGUGUGACUGACAGGAAUAUUACCUUGUCAUUGGUGGCCAACCCUUCCCAUCUAGAAGCAGUGAACCCGGUGGUGCAGGGCAAGACUAAAGCGGAGCAGUUUUACUGCGGAGACACAGACGGCAAUCGGGUGAUGUCCAUUCUGCUCCAUGGUGAUGCUGCAUUUGCAGGUCAGGGCAUUGUCUAUGAAACCUUCCAUCUGAGCGAUCUGCCGUCCUACAGUACACAUGGCACUGUGCAUGUGGUGGCCAACAACCAGAUCGGUUUCACCACAGAUCCUCGUAUGGCGCGCUCCUCUCCGUAUCCUACUGAUGUUGCCCGUGUGGUCAAUGCCCCCAUAUUCCACGUCAACGCAGAUGAUCCAGAAGCUGUAAUGUACGUGUGCACCGUGGCCGCAGAGUGGAGAGCCACCUUCCACAAAGAUGUGGUGGUGGACCUGGUAUGUUACCGCCGUAAUGGCCACAAUGAGAUGGAUGAGCCAAUGUUCACCCAGCCGCUGAUGUACAAACAGAUCAAGAAGCAGAAAGGAGUUCUGCAGAAAUAUGCUGAGAAGCUCAUCGCCGAAGGUGCCGUCUCACGACAGGAGUAUGAGGAAGAGAUUUCCAAGUAUGACAAAAUCUGCGAGGAAGCUCAUGCUCGCUCAAAGGAUGAGAAGAUCCUCCACAUCAAGCACUGGCUGGACUCCCCCUGGCCAGGUUUUUUCACUCUGGAUGGUCAACCCAAGAGUAUGAGCUGCCCGUCCACUGGUCUGCCAGAGGAAGAGCUGACCCACAUCGGACAAGUGGCGUCAUCAGUACCCGUGGAGGACUUCACAAUUCACGGAGGUCUGAGUCGUAUUCUGAAGGGCCGUGGUGACAUGAUCAAGAACAGGACAGUGGACUGGGCCCUGGGAGAGUACAUGGCCUUUGGCUCUCUGCUCAAGGAGGGCAUCCAUGUGCGUCUCAGUGGCCAAGAUGUGGAGAGAGGAACCUUCAGUCACCGUCACCAUGUUCUCCAUGAUCAGAACGUAGACAAGAGGAUCUGCAUUCCCAUGAACCACGUAUCCCCUAACCAAGCCUUGUACACCGUCUGCAACAGCUCUCUGUCUGAGUACGGAGUACUAGGUUUUGAGUUGGGCUUUGCUAUGGCCAGUCCCAAUGCUCUGGUUCUGUGGGAGGCCCAGUUUGGAGACUUCCAUAACACGGCUCAGUGUAUAAUUGACCAGUUCAUCUGCCCUGGCCAAGCUAAAUGGGUCCGCCAGAACGGCAUUGUCUUACUGCUGCCACAUGGCAUGGAGGGCAUGGGUCCCGAGCACUCGUCUGCCCGUCCAGAGCGCUUCCUGCAGAUGUGCAAUGAUGACCCUGACUUUAACCCUAAAGUCACUGAUGACUUUGAGGUGCGUCAGCUGUAUGACUGCAACUGGAUUGUCGUAAACUGUUCAAAUCCCGCCAACUAUUUCCAUGUAAUGAGGCGGCAGAUCCUUCUUCCCUUCAGGAAACCUCUUAUUGUCUUCACUCCCAAGUCUCUGCUGCGUCAUCCGGAGGCCAAGUCUAACUUUGACCAGAUGCUACCAGGCACUCAUUUCCAGCGCGUGAUCCCAGAUGAUGGACCGGCAACUCAAAACCCCUCAGAGGUGAAGCGCAUCGUCUUCUGUACAGUAAAGGUCUAUUAUGAGCUCGCGCGUGAACGCAAAGCACGCAACGUGGAGGACUCUGUGGCGAUCACUCGCAUUGAGCAGCUCUCUCCUUUCCCGUUUGACCUGGUGAAGGCUGAGACUGAGAAAUAUCCCAAUGCUGACCUGGUCUGGUGUCAAGAGGAGCAUAAGAACCAGGGAUACUACGACUACGUCAAGCCCCGCAUGCGCACCCCCAUCGACCGUGCCAAGCCUGUGUGGUAA